CUCAGUCUCCUCUUUCCUCUCCCAGGCGAGAGGACCAGCGGAGACACCUCUCUGGAGUCUUAGGCUGCAGAGUCUAAGACUUAGAGAGAGGGGCCCCGGAGGAGACGGACUUUCCCACCCCUUUUCCCAUCCUUUCUUUAUGCCCAGAGAGGGAAGCAGAGGCGCGGAGCUUUAGAAAGUUGAGUGGUCAGGAAGGUAGGUGCUUCCCUUUUUCCCCUCGAGCCGAGGUGGGGCUGGGACCGCCGGACCCAGCUUCUUCCCUCGCGAGGGGCACCUUUUUCGGCUCUAGCGGCCGAUGCGCUUCGGAGCUGCUCUCUGCAAAGCCAGAGGGUGGGUCGGAUUCGCCGAGUGUGCGUGAGGAUGGAUCGUAGAUCCCGACCUCAGCUAGGGCGCCGAGCUCGCCACAAUUACAACGAUCUGUGCCCACCCAUAGGCCGCCGGGCAGCCACCGCGCUCCUCUGGCUCUCCUGCUCCAUCGCGCUCCUCCGCGCCCUUGCCACCUCCAGCACCCGCGCCCAGCAGCGCGCGGCUGCCCAGCGCCGGAGCUUCCUGAACGCCCACCACCGCUCUGCAGCCCAGGUAUUCCCCGAGCCCCCUGAAUCUGACCACGAGGACACAGACCUCGAGCCCUCCCUUCCCGAGUGCCCAGAGUACCAGGAAGAAGAGUUCGACUACGAAUCCGAGUCCGAGUCCGAGUCUGAAAUAGAGUCCGAGACCGAAUUCGAGACCGAGUCUGACACCGCCCCCACCACUGAGCCGGAGACCGAGCCCGAGGACGAGCGGGGCCCCGUGGUGCCCAAGCGCCCCACCUUCCACCAAUCUCUCACCGAGCGUCUCAGCGCCCUGAGGCUGCGGAGCCCCGACGCCUCCCCGAGUCGUGCGCCGCCCAGUACUCAGGAGUCUGAGAGCCCCAGACAAGGGGAGGAGCCCGAGGACAAGGAUCCGAGGGACCCCGAAGAGUCAGAGGAGCCCAAGGAGGAGGAGAAGCAGCAGCAGAGCCGCUGCAAGCCGAAGAAGCCCACCCGCCGCGACCCAUCCCCCGAGUCCCCUUCCAAAAGGGGGGCCAUCCCCAUCCGGCGUCACUAAUGGAAGACGCGCCCCGGAUUCUCCUUGUGUUCUUUGACCCAGGUGCUGGAGAAUCUGGUAAAAGCACCAUUGUGAAGCAAAUGAGGAUCCUGCAUGUUAAUGGGUUUAAUGGAGAACUAUAUAACCCCUAGAUGAUGGCUUCAAUUUCUCAUCUUCCCGGCUAUGUCCUAUCACACUUUGCAUGCUGGAAUUGCCCGUCUUAGGAACUUCUAAUAAGAAUACUAUUCUGUUGUGGGGGGGUGGGGGGAUGGGGCCCCAACACCUAACCUCUAAAGAUAACUAAAAAAAAAAAAAAAAAAAUUUAAAAAACAAACAAAAAGCAACAAAAAAAGUAAUCCCUAAUUGACAAAUACGUAGUGUAUCAACCACCCAAAGCAUCUGCAUAAACAGUGAUUGACAGCUUACUGUACCAAAAGUUGGCAUUUGAGAGCUAUGACCCCUCUCUAUUGAACCCACUUCCCUAUUGAACCACCUCCUGUAUACUUCCUAGAUGCUAUGCUAGAUCCCUGACUGAAUCCUACUAAUACCUACUAACGGCCUGCUCUUCUAUCUGUGACUCUGUUCUACAAGUAAAACUUAAGUAUUAACAAAUGUGAUAAAUAAAAAUUCUCUGCAUGUCUCAGCAA